AUGCCGGCAGCCAUUAUGAAUGGGAAAACUCAAAGAAGGAGCUCGGCUGCUGGUCAGCCUGCUCCUUCGCACUCUGACGGCCCCGUAUAUCAUCCCAAGACUGCACCCAAACGCAGCGUUUCCUCUAAAGACCACUCCAAUCGUCCUCAGCACCCAUCACUGUCACGCGUCAAGGGCCGAGCGAAUAUGUUUACUCCACCUCGAACGAAUGCAGAGAUCUCAUGGCUGAGAGAUCAAUCACCUAUUAACCAGGGCACAAAGACGCCAAUUCGCUCAUCUGAAACCCACGAGCCCGGCACCCCUACACUAGUAAACCCUGCAUCAGCUCUCUUGCAGGAUUUACUCAAGGAAGAACGCGCACACCGAAGCUCCCGAGGAGGCAUAUCAGAGGAUUUUAGAGAAAAUGCUCCUCAAACCCCUGAGACCACUCGGACCCAGGAAGAUACUGCGUCUGAAAAAGCACGCAAAGCGAAUGACGUUUUCUCUGCUGGCCAGAGAAAACCAAAAGAGAUGGGCAUGCGGGAAAUGGACCAAUAUGUUUCGAAAAUGAAUAAGCUCAAUUUCGAUUUGAAGCUCGAGGUCUUCCACCGCACACAACAGAUGGCUAUCUAUGAAAAAAAGCUGGAACGGAUGGCGGAGAUGGAAGAACAACUAGCGCACAUGGACGAUUUGGUAGCAGAAGUGGAGGAGCUUCGAACCACCGAGAGGGACAACCAGAUCCUACGUGACUCCAACGAGCAACUCCGCAUCGACCUUGACAAGCGCGAUAUGGCUGUUACCGAAGCCGUCGAGCUCAUCUGCCAGUUGGAAUCGAAAAUUGACAUGUUGGAGAAUGGCGGCCGCUCCAGGCUGUCUAUGUCACGCCCUAUGACCGCCGAUGGCUCCGACGCCUUCGCAGCGAAAUCCCGCGCCAUGCUUGAGAUCCCGGAGAGAACCUCUUCCAAGCGAAAUUCAAGUGUCUCGAGCGUGGCUCAGCGCCAGGCAUCUUCUGAGCUACGCAAACUCUCGAAAGCACCCUCCUUCCUACGAGCGGAUAACAAAAGUACUGCCACUUUGCGAAGCCUUUAUGUCCCCGAAGAAGAAUCCCAGUCACGCACUGCAAAGACUGAACUUACGAAAUCAGAGAGCUUCCACACGACCACCGAGAUUAUGGACCCUGAGUCACCUAGACUGAGCGUCCUGAGUGAAUGCAGUGAGCUGAAUCCGUUCGACACGCCUACGAGAUGGCAAGAAUUUGAUCAGCUCGAGAUUCCUGUUCGGAGAUCGUCGUCGACCGCAGGCAGCGUGGAUAGCUAUGUUCCCCCCAACGGGCGGGAGGAAAGCAAAAAAGACCAGAUUGAUCGGUGGAUGCAGUCCCGCGAAGACGUAAACCAGACUAUAAUCACGAGACGCAGGAACCGGGCAUCAUCUGAUGCUACCAAGGCUAGCAUCCCAAGUUUUACAACAGACUUGUAUGCCCCCAAGCCGCGCGGACGCGGACGUCUGGAUGCAUCCCUUUUCGGAGGGGUCAGGCUUCCUCCUACCCCUGAUACUAUGAGUACGGCAUAUGCUACUGGUGCAAACCGAUCGAAUGGGUCAAAUGGGAGCAUUACAGCCCGGAAGAGUCCACAGACCGAGCAUGAUUUGUUCUUCCCUAGUAGGCGAGUUAACCGCCCACGUUCGGCGGAAGAGCUGGCCAGUCCCUACAGCUUCAAUGGCAGUGAGGUUGAUCACAGCAUGCAGAACAACUGCAGUGAUACUCCGCGCCUAGGAGUCACAGCUGACGAGUCGCGCACUAUCUUGCCCUCUUUCAACCCUGUUUCUUCUAAAGCCAGCGCACUUCUUGGCCCUGGAAGCCCCAACAACCCUGCUAUUGAAACCUUUGGAGAUCUGUAUCACGCAAAUGCCAACGAAGCAUCAACCCCAACAAUUAAAUGUGUCCGUAGCCCAACCAAGGCCGUGACUCCGGUGCCACACACCAGUGACCGCGACUCUACAUCACCACUCACACCUCAAGACUGGGUUGCCGCUGCGAAGCCGGGUUCACGAUCUCGCAAUCCCAAGCCGCUUGAUAUCCGCCACGAAACUCAACAGACAGGGCUGCAACCACGCGCUGCCGUCAGUCCAGUUUCCUUCCAUGACGACAGCAGCAUCGCUUCGGAUCCAAGUGAGCCCGAAGUCCCUGGUAUCCCAACUCUUGACAUGACCACUCUGGACAUCCUGGAACAACCCCUCGACGUCGCCCAGUCAAAGCCCAAAUCUGAAACCAACCAUGAGCCCCGUCGACGCCUUAGCUUCAUACCCCCAUUCUUCAACCGCUCGACCAACAAACCCCACCGUCUGCAAGGCUCCCCAAUUCCAAAUGACUUCGGAGACGACGAUGAAGACGGUGCCCCGUCUCCAGUGAUCCCAAAAACCAGAACAAUGGGCGGCCCCUCCCGAAGACCCAUGUCCCAGAUAGUCACGGGCCCAACCGACCUUUACUCGUCCUACCCCCCAACCCACAAUGAAGAACCGCCCCCAGCCUUCAGACCACGAGGAUUCCCGCAAUCCUUGACAAUUUCAACACUUGCCGACCACCCCAGCUCCGCAACGGUCUCAGCGCGCCCUUCCACAUCCCAUGGCAUAGAACACAAGCGGCGCAGCUCACUCGGCAUCUUCGGUUGGAUGAAGGGUAAACGUUGUGAUUCCGUGUCUGUUCCCGGGAUGGAGAAGUCAAUCGACUCCGUACCGAAGGAGAACCGCGCUCCCUCGCGUCUAGCCUACGAAACUGUUCAUGGGCUUGGAAUCCCCCGCGCCGAGACGCCGGACUCCAUGGAGGCCCAUGACAGACCCCAAUCCGAGAUGGCUGUCCAUUCUGAUGAACAUGCAAGACGGCCUCGGUAUAUGGGCCGUCGUGCUCGCAGGGGCUGA